GCGGGCCUGGCCCUGGCACGGCGCUGUCGUGCGCCUUCCCGUGCGCUAGUUACAGCACAGAUUAGUGCGCUAACCUCUUGUCUGCCAGACAUAAAGACUCGUGUCCGGUUCAACCCCCCCCCCCCGCCGACGGUCUGAGAGGCGCGGUAGACAGGGCCAACCGUCCCACCGGCCUCGCCAUGACUCGCCGAAAUCUCCGGUGAAGCGUCCGCAGACAUGGGUCGUCAAGAGGCCGACUACGUGUGGAAGAAGAACACAGACAACAUCCAGGAGGUGUUUGACUUCAUGGAGGAGUUGGGAUCAGGGGCGUUCUCAGAGGUCUACAUGGUGAAGGAGAAGAAGACGGGAAAGAUGUUUGCCCUGAAGUGCGUGAAGAAGAAACAGAAGCGGGACCUCAAUCUGGAGAACGAGAUAGCCGUGCUGAGAAGAAUCAAACACGAGAACAUCGUGGGGAUGGAGGACUUCUACGAGAGCCGGACCCAUUACUACCUUGUCAUGCAGCUCGUUUCCGGCGGCGAGCUCUUCGACCGUAUACUGGACCGCGGGGUGUACUCGGAGAAGGACGCCAGCCGGGUGAUCCAGCAGGUGCUGCAGGCCGUCAGCUACCUGCACCAAAAUGGCGUAGUGCAUCGUGACCUCAAGCCGGAGAACAUCCUGUACUACAGCCAGGAGGAAAACUCCAAGAUCAUGAUCAGUGACUUUGGCCUGUCCAAGAUGGUGGACAACGACAUCAUGUCGACAGCCUGUGGCACUCCAGGAUACGUAGCUCCCGAAGUUCUGGCACAGAAGCCCUACAGUAAGGCAGUGGACUGCUGGUCUAUCGGAGUUAUCACCUACAUCCUACUCUGUGGAUAUCCCCCUUUCUACGAAGAGAGCGAGACACGACUCUUCUCCAAGAUCAUGAAAGCGCAGUAUGAGUUCGACUCGCCCUUCUGGGAUGACAUAUCUGAAUCUGCUAAAGAUUUCAUCCGUAACAUGAUGCAGAAGAAUCCCAACAUGCGCUACACCACCGAACAAGCGCUCAGACAUCCCUGGAUUAUCGGAAAGACCGCCCGCAGCCAGGACAUCUACUAUUCCGUCAGCGUUCAGAUCCAAAAGAACUUUGCCAAGUCCAAGUGGAAGCAAGCCUUCAACGCUGCCGUAGCCAUCAACCACAUGAAGAAGCUGCAGCUGGCCCACUCAGAGCUGGUCCUGAGAAAGGCCAGCAUCCCGGACAUCAAGGUGACCGACCUGUCCUCCCCGGGAAAAACCUGCAAACCUCUCAGUCCAGACCUGCUCGACCCCAAGGGGGCGGAGGCCAGCGGGAAUGUGCAAGGGACGAAUCACAUGUCCCUGCCCACGAGCCCCGUGGAACCGAAGAGCCAUUACUACCAGCUGAAAGCGAGCCACAGCCAUUGCGACGCACACCACCCCCCCACUAUAGCUCAGCAGGGCAAGCACGUCUACCACUCAGAGCCCGCCAACCUUAACGGGUAUGGUAAGAACCGUAACGGCAAGGCUGUGCAGACUGGAGUAUGCUCGGUCAUGUGAAGGCUGCAUGAAGUUUACACGGAAAAAAGACUUUUGCUUGGUCAGUGUUGCUAUGCUGACUCGGCAUGCAGCUGUUUUGUGUCAGCAACUCCCCCCGGUACUGAGAAUGAGAAGUGGCUGAUCCUCGGACAGACCCGAAUGGGUCCGCCAGGUCCACGCGCAGUCUGUGGGACAUUUAUAUUUUGGAAAGAGUGCCUAUAAAGCUUCCUGACAACCACAUCGAAGCACACACACACACACACACAUUCAGAUGCACAAGGCUCACUUCGAUUCAGAUGUACAGGGUAGACUUCUGUUAAAUACGAUAUAUUUCAGACAGUAUUUAGAGGGUUGUCUCUCAGCGAAGGGGAUGUGAUGGGCUCACUUGAAUGUUCUUCCCAAUUCAUGGUGAAACAGUCCCUGACCCCUGAUGUCAUGAAGGCUUAUUUCACAAUUCAUGACUUUUGAUCAGGUUCAUUGGAGCUCUUAUUGUCCAGGCUUACGGAAUUGCAGUUACAUGUCACUAAAUAAAAUAUUCACAGCGCAAUAAGACGACUUGUUCGCCAUCAUGCGCAAAGCAUUUUCCUAUAGCUAACUUGCAUUUGUAAGCACACACAGUAGAAUAGAAAACCUGCAUGCUUACUGCUUCAGAUGAGCCAUUCUGGUAACAUUUAUUCCUGUAAAGUUGUGUUCUGUUUCAUUUUUUCAAAAGUGUUUGCUUCUUUUGUAAAAAAAAAAAAAAAAAAAUAAAAAAGACCUACACAGAAAUGAGUUAAUAAAAAAACCAAACAUACAUAAUAUGUAUUCAAACUGACAAAUCAUUAACAGUGUAAAUGCCACAAGUAUAUCCCUAACUUGCCAACUCAUAGUUCUCACAUGCCAUCAACCUGCUAGAAUAUAAAAAGCCAUUUCUAUUUACUGUAAUAGACGUUUCUUUACUUCCUGUAAGUGGUUCAUUCCGGACAGUCUGCUUUUCGUCUCUGCAGCCGCAUGUGACUUUGUAUUGAUGCAUUCAACAGAAAUCGAUCCCUGUAUGCUCAUAAA